AUGCCUCUCGAUACAUCCACAACGUAUCCUUUGACCAAGCUGCGCCUUGAUGGUCGCCGCUGGAAUGAGUUGCGCCUCAUCCAAGCGCAGAUCUCGACCAACCCCGCCAGCUCCGGCUCUUCAUACUUGUCCAUGGGUAAUACAUCGAUUAUGUGUUCCGUUCAUGGUCCGGCCGAAGGUCGUCGUGGUGAUGCCAGUGGUGCUGCAGGCGGCGCGGGUGCCAUCGUCGAGGUGGACGUGAACGUCGCUGGGUUUGCUGGCGUGGAUCGCAAGCGGAGGGCUGGAGGAAGUGACAAACAAUCUUCGAGAAUCGCAACAACCCUACGCUCAGCCUUCCAAUCGCACCUGCACACCUACCUCUACCCGCACAGCACGAUAAGCAUUCAUGUCUCUGUUCUCUCUGCCGAUGGAUCUCUACUCGCUGCGGCGAUCAACGCCUGCACCCUGGCCCUCGUGGACGCCGGUAUUCCCAUGCCCGGUCUUCUCACCAGCUGCACAGCUGGCAUGAGUGGCAGCGCAUCCACACCGCGGGACCCUCGAAAUGAUGAGCUCGACCCGUUGCUCGAUUUGUCGCUUCCCGAAGAGCAGGAACUACCUGUAUUGACCGUGGGUACUACGACCUGUGUACCUGUGGGGGAGAACAACAUGGACGAGGAGGAGGGAGAAAUGAAGGUGGCUGUAUUGACUAUGGACUCGAAGCUGCACUGUACCUAUAUCGACACGAUGUUGGCCGUGGGUAUUGACGGGUGCAACCAGAUCCGAGAACUGUUGGAGGGAGUGAUCAAAGGGUCAAGUCGGGCCUGA